AUGCCCGCCAUCCGGGGAGCGCAGUCCAAGAAGAAGACGCGCCGCUACACGCGCGACGUCGACCAGGUCUACGCCGACCUACGCUCUGAGCGCCACCUCCAACUCUACAAGGAAACAAAGGCGGAGGAGGACCUGCCUGCCCUUGGCCAGUUCUACUGCAAGGAAUGCGCGAAAUGGUUUGAGAGCAACGACAAUCUCACCUCGCACCAGCGUGGCAAGCCUCACAAGCGGAGGUUGCGGCAGCUGCGCGAGGAGCCACACACUUCGAAGGAGUCCGAAGCAGCCGUGGGGCUACGUACGGACAAUGGGACAAGGAGCAACGGGACAGACAGGACUGGCUUGACGGGCGCUGUUGAGGGCAUGAUGGUGGAGGAGACGGUUGCUUGA